AUGUGUUUAAAAUUGCAGGAAUUAGGUUGUCCAAGAAUUCCAAACAAUUGUUUCAAGCACGACAGUUAUUUAUUCGUUGACCAUGCUGCUGGUUUGAAUGCAGGAUUGGUGAAUGGUGAUUAUUUAAAGUUUGAGUUUCCUUCAAAGAAAAAAGAGAAAAUUGUGAAUUUAAAUGUAUGCCUUAGAGGCUUUAGAGGGAUGCAUCUCUCAGAACUAUCAUCUCAGAGAACAAAACAAAAAAGUUGGAAAUUUUGUUUCUAUCAAGCUAUAACUGCAUUAUUGGCUAAAACACAGUUGAGAUACAAAUAUGCAUGGAGUGGAAAUGUUGAUUAUAUUUACGAUCACGCCUGGAUUCUUUUUAUUCACACCGGCUCGAUUAAUGUAAAAAAGAGACAGAGACUAAAUGAUGUUGUAAUUAACAAUUACAAGUAUAAUAUCGAACUCGAAUUAGUGGAUGAACUGAAUUCAAUUGCUGACUCAUCGACACCAUUCAAUUAUUUGAAAUCUUUCACCAGAAAGCAAUUAAAUCGAAAUGAACUGAUGCACAUCCCAGAAACAUUGGGUUUAAAGAAAGCUUCAAAUCUAAAAAAAUUCGCAAAUCGUAAUUCUACCCACAAGUUAAUGGAAGAAUGGCUCGAUGCAAUAGAUCUUCUGUCACAUAUGAAUUGUAUUCUUAAAACAGGAGAAUUUUCCCUAGCUUUCUGGAGAGAAGGAUACUUUUGGUAUCUUUACAAUCCGUACAGAUGCAAUGAGUACGGAUUUUUUGAUGAUUGUGGAUAUAAUUGUAUUAUGAAAUUUUGUUCGAUGGAUUCGUUGAAACGUUACUUGAUAGUUCUCUUGAGUACUGUUCAAAUAAUUCACAAUGACGAUUUAAAAAAUAAUAAAAUGGGGGGAACUAAUCAAACCGAAAUUAAGAAUGAAGAUUCAAAAUCUGCAAAUACUUUCACGAUUCAGUUGUUUAAAAUGAACUUCUAUUGUUGCAAAGUUCAUAAUGUUCCUAAAGUUCAUAAUAAAAAAUUGUGUCCAAGUUUAGUUGACAAAUUUCAAUUGUUAGCACAUGACAGAAAAAUAAAUAAUGAGGAUUGCGACUUUGAGUUUAAUGAUUCUUGUAUUGAUGAUGAAGGAAAAUCAGAAGAAACAUUACAUCCUUCUGAGAUAAAACAGGAAAAUAACAUUAAAAAGAAGAAACUGAAUGAAAAUUUUUUAUGGAAGCAAUAUCAAGUAGAGGAAGAGGAUACUCUUUUUUCCAUGCACACCAAUAUUUCAAAUGAAAUUUUUCCACAACAAAAUCAAGAGAAAUAUUUUUAUGCUUGUUAUGUUAUUUGUGCUGGUAUGACAAGACUAAUUUCACCAGAAUUCUGGACACCUCAAACUUUAAAUGCUAUUUUGUUUUUUGGCCGCAUCUAUUAUACGUCUAAUAACCAAGAAGAAAAACUAAACCACGAAACAAUAGAAACAUUAAAUACUGCAACAAUUAAUCAAUUAACCGAAGAAUUUAAAAUUGCAAAUUUUGCAUUUCAACUGAAAAUAUUUCCAGCAUCUCAUGGCCAUCUUCACAAUAAAUAUACCAAAUGUCUUAAAACUGCCGUUGAAAAAUGCUUUUUAAAACAUAAUUUUGCUAUUUUAACCUGUAAAAAUUCAUGUCUGGGAUUUUUUAAAGACUAUGCAUCUUAUUAUAUUUUUGAUGUUCGAUCGAAAAAUUCUGGAAAAGGCACUGCUUGUUUAUUGAGAACAACUUAUUUUCAUAAAUUUAUGAAAAAUUUACUACUGUUAAUCGAUUCAGUUCAGCAGACGAAGCCAUGCAAAAAGGCAAUCUCGGCGUCCGAAGCCGCGUAUAGCAACCAAAGUGUUUAUAAAAUUACAGCGAUUCUCGCUGGAAAUAACGUGAAGCCUUCAAUUCACCAAGUCUCAUUAUUGGAUUUGGGAAUCACAUUCAAGACACUCGGUUAUUUUUAA